UUGAAUAUUGAGUCAUCAAUCUGUCCGAAUAAUCGCUGAUUUCUCGAACAGCGUGUCGUUUUCCGUUCCCGCCCACUUCCAUCUCUCUCUCCACCAUGGGAAACUCCUCCAAGGAUAAUUCCGCCAACUCCGGCGACGCAUCUCCCGCCGACGCUCCUCCUUCCGAUUCAAGCACAUACUCCGAGGGCGAGAAAGUCCUUGCUUAUCACGGUCCCCGCAUCUACGAAGCAAAGGUGCAAAAGGCAGAGAUCAGAAAGAAUGAAUGGAGAUACUUUGUUCACUACCUUGGCUGGAAUAAAAAUUGGGACGAAUGGGUAGGUGAGAGCCGUUUAAUGAAACAUACUGAAGCGAAUGUUGUGAAACAGCAUGCCUUAGACAAAAAGCAAGGUGUAGACAAGAAUGUUAAAUCUGGGCGUACUCAAGGAAAGGCCAAAAGUUCUACUGAUGCCAAAGUGGAUAAAGAAGACAUCAAGCAUAAUGUGUCAAAAGGAAAAAAACGAAAGAAUGAUUCAGGAAUUGAGAAGGGCAGCGGGAAUGUUGAUAAGCUUUUUAAAAUUCAAAUCCCUGCAUCGUUAAAGAAACAACUUGUUGAUGACUGGGACUUUGUUAAUCAGCAAGAUAAGCUUGUAAAACUUCCUCGUUCACCCACUGUUGAUGAAAUUCUAACAAAGUACCUUGAAUACAAGUCAAAGAAAGAUAGCGCGGCGGCUGAUUCAUCAGGGGAAGUUUUGAAAGGAAUAAGGUGUUAUUUUGAUAAAGCAUUGCCUAUGAUGCUCUUAUAUAAAAAGGAACGCAAGCAAUGUAAUGAAGCAGUUGUGGACAGUGUGUCUCCAUCAAGCAUAUACGGGGCCGAACAUUUAUUACGCCUCUUUGUUAAGUUACCUGAGCUUUUGGCAUAUGUGAACAUUGAAGAGGAAACAUUAAACCGCUUGCAGCUGAAACUUCUUGACUUUCUCAAAUUCUUGCAGAAAAAUCAAAGCACUUUUUUUCUCUCAGCAUAUGAUGGGACAAAAGGAAAAGGGAAGGGAAGGGAUGAAUGAGAGACUCCCUUGGUUCCUAGUCUUCCUCGUCUGUUGUAUUCUUAACGAUUGCCAUGAAAAAUUCUCCUCAGGAAAUCUGUUGUUGUAAUAAUAAUAUUGACUAAUUCAUUCUUUAAUUUUUAAAGUUUACACAAUACUUGCAAUUCAAAACAUUUGAUGGCUCCAGAUAGAUAUACAGACCAUCAUGUCUGGGAUGAUCAAUAUUAAGUAAAUAGCGAGGGAGCAACUUUUCCCACCACAUAGCUAGAAAUAUUCUAUUUGUAUGUUCAAAAUUUGAUGGCUUAUUUGGAUGCAUAUUUCUUAA